UUUGGAAUCUGUAUUUAAUUUUUUUUAAUUGAUUAAACGAUUUUUAAUUAAAAAAAUGAUUACUGUCUGAAAAGAUACGAACAAAUGAUUGAUGAUUAAUCCAGUGAGCUGAAAACCGUAUUUGCGGGUAUUGAGCACCAACACCCAUUGAUUGAUCCGGGUUUUACCAACAAAAAAAAUUUCCUCUACUUUUUGAAUGGCCCCGGUUUUAUAUAAUUGUAUUAUUCUUUUGUUUAUUGUUGCGGUUAUUCUUCAUCCACAUGCAAAUCCAAUGCUUGGCCAUGAAUUUAUGUUGAUUGAAUAAUCAUUCAGUGUGUUGUAUUCGUCGUGUCUAUCAGCAUAUUGAAGGCGAAAAUGUAAUAUUCGCUGACUUGAUCAAUGACGACGACGACGACGAAUCCGGAAAAGCUAUGUGUUCGCGAAGAGGAUACCAUUCGUUUGAUCAUUGAGUUUUUAUCAAAUCGUGAACUAUGUAUAUCACAAUUAAGUUUGGAACGUGAAACCGGUGUUUAUAAUUGUGAUUUCAAUGAUGAUCUCAUUUUCUUAAGACAACUCAUACUGGAUGGUCAAUGGGAUGAUGUGUUACAAUUUGUUUCACCAUUAGAAUCAUUCGAAUCGUUUUCGACGCAAACAUUUCGUUUCUUAAUUUAUAAACAUAAAUAUGUUGAAUUAUUGUGCAUACGAUCGGAAGCCGGUUCACCAUAUCAAACAGUGGAAGUUGCCGUACAAGAUAUAAUCGAAUGCUUAGACCGAUUGGAAAAAUAUUGUCCAAAUCGUGAUGAAUACAAUCAUCUAAGUUCAUUGUUGACCAUACCGAAUCUAAAUGAUGAUGAUGAAUUACGUAAUUGGAAUCCAAAUAGUUGGCGUUUAAAAUGUUUCAACGAUAUUUUACCAUUGGUUGAUCGAUUCAUGCAAACAAACAAUGAUGAUGAUGAUACGUGUAAAUCAGCUGUACGAAGAAUUGCUAAAAAUGAUCGUCUAAUGGAUCUAAUAUUCAAAGGUUUAUUGUAUGAAAUAUGUUUGAAUACUGUAACUAAUCGUCUUGAACAUGAAAAACAAGAAAAAUCUGAGACAACCGCGACAACAUUCGAACCGAAUAUAUUCACUGGUAUCAUGAAUGAUGGAAUCCAAUGGUUAAAUUUGAAUCAAAUUCUUGAAAAAAUGCCCAUUGAUUAUAUGGAUAAAUAUCUAAAUCAUUACGAAACCAAAACAUUCGAUAAUGGUGAUGCAAAUUCAUCCAAAGCUGGUAAAUGGUCGAUAGCGAAACAUGAGAAACCAGCAUUAGUAGCAUCAUGGUCUGAAAUGAUUCUUUCGACACCGAUAAAACCAAAAGUAUUUCCACAUAUCGAUGUACCUUAUACGCGGAUCAAAGCCGCUGAUUUAAUGUCAAAAUCAUUAAGUGCUAGUCUAAUGUAUCAUACGAAUACCAAAGAUUUGAUGACCAUGUCUGUUUGUGAUAUUGCCCAGUUUACUAGUUCAACAUUGGCUGCAACCGGGUUUCAUCUGAAAUCUGCCAAGCCACAACAACAACAACAACAACAAAUUUCAAUUGAACAGCAAAAAGAUUCGAUGAUCCAAUCGAUUGAUCGAUUAUUUCAAGAUAAACAACAUGAAAAAAGAAAUAAACCAUCGACCAUUGUGAUCAAAACAUUGAAGCAACAUAAAUCACUCGUACAUGAUGAUGAUUAUAAUGAUGGCUACUAUGAUCCAAACAAAGUGAUGGCAACGAUUAGUGAAAAAGCAACACCGAUCGAAGAUGUUGAUUUAUCAUCAAUAAUAGCAACCAACAACAAUAUGUUUGAUCCGAUCAAUGUUAAAGGUCAUCAUAAUAAUGAUGAUGAUGAUCAUAAUCAUAACCAUGAUGGCUUGAUGGCUACUUCAUAUCUAAAAAUAUGGCAAAAAAGUAAAUUGAAUUCAACAACGAAAAUCGAAGAAGGUGCCGCCGCCGAUAUUCGAAGUAGCCAUCAUCAUCAUCAUCAUCAUCAUUAUAAUAAUAAUAAUAAUAAAAAUACGGGCAUACAUUCAUCAUCAUCAGCAACAUCUACAUCGACAUCAACAUUGGCACAAAAAUAUAGAGAAGAAUCGAAUAAAUUGGCACGAUCACAAUCGACUAACAACAAAUCGACGACAACAACAACUAUGGUUAAUAUCGUUGAUCGUAAUAAUAAUAAUAAUAAUAGUGAGACUAAACAUUCAAUAACCGCCAAAGGCCAAAAAGAAAUGAUAAUUGAUCGAGAAAAUUCGAUAUCAACUGUUAAUAUCAGCAACAACAACAACAACAACAACCAUCACCAUCAUAGAUCGGAUCAGAAACAUCCGAUUAACAACAUCAACAUCAAGCCCGCAUCAAUGAAUAACAGCAACAUUAUCCCUAAUCAAAUGAAACUGGUUACAAACGAAAAAUGUUUGGAUGAUAAUAAUAUAAAGCAUGGAAUCCGUACAUCACCGAUUUUGUCCAGUACUUCGGAACAUCGACUACAUCAUCAUGAUUCAUCGUAUGAUAUGUCCAGUUUAACUUCUCAGCAACAGCAACAACAACAGGAUGAUAAUCAAGAUGUAAAUUUUAUACCAAUAAUCAAAAUUCGUGAUCAACAAGCCAUACGAACCGGGGAAUUUCAUCCUAGUGGCAAUUAUUAUGCGAUUGGAUCCAAUUCAAAAUUGUUACGAAUUUUUCAUUAUGAGCCAUCCUUACAAUCAAAGAGCGAAAAAGAUGGCAAUCAAUUAGAUCAAAGCAAUUCACAUGAAUUGAUCGAGCCCGAUGAAAUAUACGCCCGAACCAACUAUCAUAAAGGCUCCAUUUAUUGUUUGGCAUGGAAUAAACUGGGAAAUCUAUUGGCAACUGGUUCCAAUGAUAAAACGGUUAAAAUAUUGCCAUUCAAUCAGGACACGGCAACAUUUUCAACGAAUGAAAUCAAUCUAAAUGCACAUGAUGGAACUGUACGAGAUGUAUGUUUCAUGGAUGAUAUAACCAAUGGAUCAAGUCUACUUUUAUCUGGUGGCGCUGGUGAUUGCAAAGUUUACAUUACCGAUUGUGAAACCGGUACUACAUUCUUAAGCCUUUCUGGCCACUCAGGACCAAUUCUAUCGAUGUAUACAUGGGGUGGUGCUAUGUUUGUUUCUGGUUCACAGGAUCGUACGAUAAGAUUCUGGGAUUUGAGAACAAAUAGCUGUAUCAAUUUUGUCACAUGUCCAACAAUAUCGAGAAAUAAACCUGGUGGUGCUGUAGCUGCUGUUUGUGUGGAUCCCUCCGGCAAACUAUUGGUAUCGGGUCAUGAAGAUUCUACCUGUAUGCUGUAUGAUAUACGAGGUGGAAGAGUUAUACAAACAUUUCAUCCGCAUACUGCAGAUAUUCGUACGAUACGUUUCAGCAAUAAAGCCUAUUAUCUACUCACUGGUAGCUAUGAUAAUCACAUUGCAUUGACCGAUCUACAAGGUGAUCUAACACAACCACUGCAAAGUAUACAUGUUGCUAGUCAUGAUGAUAAAGUGAUUCAAUGUCGUUGGCAUCCCAAUGAAUUUUCAUUCAUCACUACAAGUGCGGAUAAAUCGGCCAUCAUAUGGACAUUACCUGAUAUGACUGAUUCAUAAUAAAUGAGAUGACUAAUAUCACACGUACACAAAACUGGACUAAUUGGAACAAAAUGCAAACAUUUUUUAAUAAUUAAUAUACCAUAAAUGAUAUGAUAAAUGAUAAAUGAUGAUGAUAUU